AUGCCGGUUGCGCGUAAUGGAAUGAAUGGAAUGCACAGAGAUGGAGACCUGCUGUUACGGGUGACCGAGGAGCGGACCGAGGAGCGGACCGAGGAGCGGACCGAGGAGCGGACCGAGGAGCGGACCGAGGAGCGGACCGAGGAGCGGACCGAGGAGCGGACCGAGGAGCGGACAGAGGAGCGGACCGAGGAGCGGACAGAGGAGCGGACCGAGGAGCGGAGCGGACCGAGGAGCGGACCGAGGAGCGGAGCGGACCGAGGAGCGGACCGAGGAGCGGACCGAGGAGCGGACCGAGGAGCGGACCGAGGAGCGGACCGAGGAGCGGACCGAGGAGCGGACCGAGGACGGAGCGGACCGAGGAGCGGACCGAGGAGCGGACCGAGGAGCGGACCGAGGAGCGGACCGAGGAGCGACCGAGGAGCGGACCGAGGAGCGGACCGAGGAGCGGACCGAGGAGCGGACCGAGGUGCGGACCGAGGAGCGGACAGGACAGCGAUGGAUUUAACGAGCACUACGCACCGGGACACCACCUGCAGGAGGAAACAGCGCAAAGACCGGGACGACGCUCACAAAGCCUCCGAGGAGUCUGCAGGAGACCAGGAGUACGCUUUCAGAGCGAGCGAGGGGUCUGCAGAACAGAAGCAUUCGUUCGAGAAGCCGAUAACACGGAACCAUACGUUUGGCACGUGUUUAGCCAAACGAGAGGCUCUGUGGCUGUUUGGAAUACAGAAAGGGAAAAGGCUCCUGCGCUACAUGAACACCGAGAAGUGCCAAUGGAGCAACCAUGACUCCUACCAUCAUUGUGUGUGUGGACAAUCCUGUUAA